AUGUCUGUUGCUAGCGCUACGGAGGCUAUCAUCAUGCCUCCAGGGCCUCUCGAGGACAUGUCUAAUGUCACCGACGCUCUUCCUGAGGCCGAAGAGGCGGCCGCCAUGGCUCGCGAGAAGGGCUGGGUUGUGCCUCAGCGCUACAACUACGAGGCUUACAACGCUCUGAACCGUGAUGAUUAUGCUGAUGCCUUGCCAUGGGCGUCUAACUCGGCCAAGUACGAGUGGAAGGAAGAAUAUGGCGAUAUUGGUCCUCCAAACGAAGAGCUUGAGCAGAUGCUUUUCAAGGAUGAGUAUAUUCCUCGCGUCGGCAAGUUGCUUGAGAACAUUCGCCAAAUCCAAGUCACUGCUGAGACGACUGAGCGUCCUGAUCCCAUCAAGAGUUUCGAAGAUGCUGGCUUGCAUCCUAUCAUGCUGAACAACAUCAAGCUUUGCGGCUAUCUUGUUCCUACCCCUGUUCAGGCCUACUGUAUUCCCGCUGUCCUGACUGGCCAUGACUUGAUUGCAGUCGCUCAGACCGGAUCUGGAAAAACUGCCGCGUUUUUGAUCCCUGUCUUGUCUAAGCUUAUGGGAAAAGCGAAGAAGCUCGCUGCUCCCCGUCCGGACCUGGGCAACGGUUUCAACGAGAGCUUGGAUGCCGUUCGAGCUGAACCACUUGUCCUUAUUGUUGUUCCAACCCGUGAGUUGGCUACCCAGAUUUUUGAUGAGGCACGUCGUCUCUGCUAUCGCUCAAUGCUACGCCCAUGCGUUAUCUACGGAGGUGGGCCUAGUCGUGACCAACGCAUUGAGCUCCAGAAAGGCUGUGACAUCUUGAUUGCUACUCCCGGCCGUCUUAUCGACUUUAUGGAGAAGCCCAAUAUUCUUUCUCUCUGCCGCGUCCGCUACACCAUCAUUGACGAAGCUGAUGAACUUCUCAAGUCCGACUGGGAGGUCGAGUUUACUAAGAUCCUUGCCGGUGGAGAUGUUAAUGAAGAUGCUGAUCAUCGUUAUAUGAUGUUUUCUGCCACCUUCAACAAGGGCUGUCGUCAGGUUGCUCGCAAAUUCCUGGCCAACGACUAUGUUCGAAUUCGCAUUGGCCGUGUGGGCAGCACCCAUUUGAACGUCACUCAGCAGCUUGUCUGGGCUGAAGAAAACAUGAAGAAGAAAUGUCUCUACGAUCUGUUGAUGGCCAUGCCUCCAUCCCGUACCAUUGUGUUUGUCAACAACAAGACCCAGGCAGAUUUGAUUGAUGACUUCUUGUUCAACAUGGGAUUACCUAGUACUUCCAUCCACUCGGACCGUACCCAGCGCGAACGUGAAGAUGCCAUCCGUGCCUUUAAGACUGCAAAGUCUCCAAUUCUGAUUGCCACCGCCGUCUCUGCUCGCGGUCUUGACAUCAAGAAUGUCAUGCACGUUGUCAACUACGACUUGCCCUCCGUUAACCACGGCGGUAUCGACGAAUACAUUCACCGCAUUGGUCGCACUGCGCGUAUCGGCAACCCAGGUCUAGCUACCUCUUUCUACAACGACAAGAACUCUGAUAUUGCUAGUGACCUGGUCAAGAUCCUAGUCGAAUCUAAGCAAGUCAUCCCUGACUUCUUGCAGAGCGAAGUUCCACCAGACGGUGUUCUUGACUUCAACGAUGAUACCGAUGACGAAGCUGGUAAUGACGACAAUGCUGGUGACGAUGGCUGGGGCGCCGCCGCCCUUCCUCCAGUUGCUGCAGGCUUCGCCGAGGCUUCUAAUGCCAAACCUGAGGCUGAGGCCCAAGGUGGUUGGGGCGGUGCUGCUGAUGGUGAAUGGUAA